AUGAAUCGCGAUCUUUCUGACACCAGAAAUAUUCAGACUAAACUACUGUUCGAGCACCAUAUGCAUGAUAAUAAAGCGGCCGUGGCCCUGAUAAUGUUAGACGAGCGUGAUCACCUUAGCUACCUAGUGAGGGAGUUACACCACAAUUGGGAACGACAGGACAUGGAUUUCUCACCGACAGGGAUCUCGAACCGGGGAAUCAGCGUGGAAGUCUUCCUUCUUGGGCCGUCAUGGUUCUGGGAUCAUAGAAAGUUUCAGAGACGUGAGUUUGUUGGUGAGCUUGGUAUUGUAUGGCACCAGGAUACUCUGCAGCUAGUUAGGUAUAUUCUUAGAGCAGCUCAUGAGAAUCGUACUGCAAGGGUAGUCCAUGGCCAAUCAGGCAAACAUGUCAUACCAUUCGUUAGACAUAGGAGCAAUGAAGACUACCAGAUAAGUACGUGGAAUAGGAAGCUCUACUCGAGUUGCCAGGUACCUCUUGAUUACGUGGCCCACAAUUUCGAAAUACAGAAACGACUUCAUCACCGCUCACUCAACCGCAGCAUCACCAAGCACACUCAAGCAGUCCGCGAGCGGCUUCAAACUCCUGGCCGGGCGGCCGCUGCAAAGGGAACAGCGAGACAUAGCUAUCUCGGCCUAUCCGUGAAGCCAGAGUCGCUUGUCGACUUGCCUUUCUUCCAAGAUGACAAACCGUUACGCAAGCAGCAUACUGGUGCCCUGCGACAACCCGAGGUCAAGGAAUCACUUGAUGCCGCCCGGGCUCGGAUGCAGUCACAACUCACCCAAGGCAGCUCCAUGCAACACCAUUCCUUGCUUAGCUUCUUUUUCUUCUUUGGCGACAAGCCAUCACUUAGUGUCAUUCUUCUUCUUUUCUUCGGCGACCAGCCAUCGAAAUCCUUUAUCUUCAACUCCUUCUUCUUCUUUCCCUUGGCGAUCAGCCAUCGAACUACUGCUGCCCUUCGACCCCUUCUUCUUUUUUUGGCGAUCAGCCAUCACACUUUCGUGUUCUUCAUCUUCUUCUUCAUUGGCGAUAAGCCAUCGAGUUCUUCUUCUUCUUCUUCUUCUUCAUUGGCGAUAAGCCAUCAUAUUCUUCUUCUUGUUGUUGUCUCUAUUGGAUGGAGAUGCCUGCGAAGCUGUGGUCAUUAA